GGAGUGGGGGAGGGGAGGGCUGGGUGCGAAGAGGCGGCUCGGCUCGGUCGCUGCUUCCGAGCUACAUUUCGGCCCCCAACCCCCGGCGAAGGGGCCGUCGUCGCAUCCGAGCUGACGUGGGGGUUACGUGGAGCGGCCGCAGCGGCUUGCCGUCGGCGGGUUUGCUGGGCGGUGGCGGCGGCGCCGCUCCUGAGCGGCAGCCCCGGGUCUCCGUCUCCACCUCCUCCCGCCCGUAAUCAGUGACGAGGCCCGCUACGUAAAUCCCUUCGCGGCGGACAAAUGACCAUGGAAACAGUUGAAUCUCAGCAGGAUGGAGGUGUAACAGAUUCUGUAACAGACAGUGAUUCUGCUCAUGUACAGGCUCAGGCUGGUCAAAAUUCUAUUCCAACCCUAGCUCAGGUUUCUGUAGCUGGAUCAGGCACCGGAAGAGGCUCUCCAGCUGUAACUCUAGUGCAAUUGCCUUCAGGUCAAACUGUACAUGUCCAGGGAGUGAUUCAGACACCACAGCCAUCGGUUAUCCAGUCACCACAAAUACAAACUGUUCAGGUAGCAACAAUUGCAGAGACAGAUGAGUCUGCAGAAGCAGAGGGUGUAAUUGAUUCUCAUAAACGUAGAGAAAUCCUUUCAAGAAGACCUUCAUAUCGAAAAAUACUGAAUGAACUUUCAUCUGAUGUGCCUGGUGUUCCCAAAAUUGAAGAAGAAAAAUCUGAGGAAGAAGGAACAUCACCUAACAUCGCUACCAUGGCAGUGCCAACUAGCAUAUAUCAGACUAGCACGGGGCAAUACAUUGCUAUAGCCCAAGGUGGAACAAUCCAGAUUUCUAAUCCAGGAUCUGAUGGUGUUCAGGGACUACAGACAUUAACAAUGACAAAUUCAGGAGCUCCUCCACCAGGUGCUACAAUUGUACAGUAUGCAGCACAAUCAGCUGAUGGCACACAGCAGUUCUUUGUACCAGGCAGCCAGGUUGUUGUCCAAGCAGCUACUGGUGAUAUGCCAACUUACCAGAUCCGAACUCCUACUACUGCUUUGCCACAGGGAGUCGUAAUGGCAGCCUCUCCAGGAAGUUUGCACAGUCCACAGCAACUAGCAGAAGAGGCAACCCGCAAACGAGAAUUAAGACUUAUGAAAAAUAGGGAAGCUGCUCGGGAGUGUCGCAGGAAGAAGAAGGAGUAUGUCAAAUGUCUUGAAAAUCGUGUGGCUGUUCUUGAAAACCAAAACAAGACUCUCAUUGAGGAACUCAAGGCCCUCAAAGAUCUUUAUUGCCAUAAAGCAGAGUAACUGUCUUUGACUUGGACCUUGUUUACUGUGAACUCUAAUCAAGGCAUGAGAUGCAGCAAUUCUACAAAUUGCCAGGUGGACUUGUGGAAGGGACACUUGUGACCCUUGGGAAUCCAGUUUGGCUUAGUAUUUGAAACUGAAUUGGGAGUGUUGUUCCAAAAUUUGGAAUGCAACCAUGAUCACACAGUUAUACCGAGCUUUCUUCAGUCUGUUUGCCAAUAGCAUGCAAAUGGUUUUUUGUUUGCCCUUUUUGCUUCUGCUUUUUGCAGGGAAGCUGCUAAAGAAUGUCGACGUCGAAAGAAAGAAUAUGUAAAAUGUCUGGAGAGUCGUGUUGCAGUGCUGGAAGUUCAGAACAAGAAGCUUAUAGAGGAACUUGAAACCUUGAAAGACAUUUGCUCUCCCAAAACAGAUUAGUAGAAAUAUUUACGCUAUGAACUGAUUACAACAUGUACAGUUGCUUUUGAAGGCAAUACAAUAUAUAGCCGGCAAGAAUUAUGGCUUUUCCUUUGUAUCAUUCAUCUUAUACUAUUAAUUUCUAACAUUCCUGAAAUGCUUUACUGUACUUCGUUGACUCUUAGCUGUAACUUCAGUUUUUUAAAGGAGACAAACUGUAAAAAAUGUAUGUAACAAAUUCUUAAAAUGCAAUAUUUGUAAGACUUGUUCCAUUGCCACAUAUUUGCAGUUUCCACUCUUUGUGUCACUAAUAGUGUCCUACGCAAUAAAAUAUUUUGCAGGUCUUUUAAAAAUCAUUUUAGGAAAGGAUCAUCAGAGAUAAUGCAUCCAACAGUACAAUAAAAUUAAACCACCAAAAAUACCUCAGGAAGUAGUUAAUAGAAAGUAUGUUCUGAUUACAUACUUAUAUGAGAAUAGUAGCUCAUAAAUGAAUUUAUGGCAUUUUUCAGAUUUUUAUAUUAGUUGCUUUGUGAAGAAAAUAUUGUAUUGCUGUCCUUGAAUGCCAUGGUUGAAGGUAGUUUUUAAUAGAACCAUGUUGGUUACACUUUGUAGUGUUUGGUGCUCAUUUAAAUAUCUGAAAACACUUAUUACAGUUUUUAAUCUACAGUGUAAUAUAAAAGAUCUUGCAGAA